AUGAUGUCAACCGUCGAUCCCCACAUCGGCUUCGGAGCAACGGAUCGUGGCGACCCGGCAAUACUCGAGCCCCUAGAUAAGCUCGCAGAGCCCUCAAAAAGAUCAACCGUCAUUUUCCUGCACGGCCUUGGCGAUGACGGCCACGGCACGGGAUACGGCCUAGGCCAACAGUUCCAGCGGUACCAGAAGCUGCGUUUUACCAGAUGGGUUCUUCCUACGGCCUCUAUCGACCCGGGGGUCGGGCAGCGUUGCUGGUAUAAGCCACACGACCUCCCUUCGCCGCUUAAGCCGCGCGUGCCCGGCCAUGACGAUGACGCAGGGGUGGACGAGUCCGAGGACGAAGAGGGUAUCUUGAGGACUGUGGCUUACAUCGAUGAGCUCGUUAAGAGUGAGGUGGACAGGGGAGUAGACCCUGGGAAGAUCGCGGUCGGAGGAUUUAGUCAGGGCUGUGCAGUGUCAAUGGUGUGGGGUCUGAGGAGUGAGUGGAGGGGCAAAGUAGCUGGAGUGUUUGGGUUGAGCGGCUAUUUCCCUAACAUAAACGCGGUGUCCGAAGCUGGGAAGAAAACAGAAGGGGGAAAACAGCAUGCGUGCAGUUGGUUCUUUGGCCAUGGCAUGGGUGAUAGGCUUGUGUCUGUCAAUUUGUUCGCAGAAGGGCAAAAAAGGCUGCAGCAGUACGUUGAGCAAGAGAGUAUCGAAGGCCACGUAUAUCAAGACUUAGGUCAUGAUGUUGGCGGGUCUGAGCUUCGCGAUCUUUGGCUUUGGUUCAAACAAGUUUUCAAGGACGAUAGCUAG